AUGAAUAAUCUUCAAAGACAAGAAGAUUCUCUUGCUACUGUUGCUGAUGACGAGGAAGAAGAUAAGGAAAAUGAUGCAGAAGAAGAGGAAGAAGGAAAGAAACCUACGACAAGAAAUUCAGGUCGUCGUAAGAUAAAGAUUGAAUAUAUUGAAGAUAAAACGAGACGUCAUAUUACUUUUUCCAAAAGAAAAGCUGGAAUCAUGAAAAAGGCCUAUGAACUUAGUACGUUAACAGGUACACAAGUUUUACUAUUGGUUGUUUCAGAGACAGGCUUAGUCUAUACAUUUACCACACCAAAGUUACAACCAUUAGUUACAAAGCCAGAAGGGAAAAAUCUAAUUCAAUCUUGUCUAAAUAUUCCUGACAAUAAUAUUCCAACUGUUGAAAAUGGUAAGUUUUAA